GAACGCGUGGCCGGCGGGCGCUCAACUUUGUCGCGUGAGGCUGCCUACGUCACUUCCGCAGCACAUACAAACGGGCCCGCCCCCAACGCGACCGUAACCCCGGGAGACGGCCCCGCCAGUCGCUGUCCGGGUCGUCCUGGUCCACCCUGGGUCCUUCCACCCCGCCAGGCCCCACGUGAGAGUGUGAGCGGCCGCUUCUCCGUCCCCGGGAAAGAAGAUGUUAAAAACUACAAGCAACCUUACUGGUAAUGGAUCUUUGUCAGAAAAAUGAGGCUGAUUUAGACAGCAAUGAAAUCCAAAGUACAGAAGAAACGGAGCUGAGCUGCUCUUGUCCAGACGAAAGGAGUGAGAGGAGUCACGUGUGCUGCCUUCUCAGUAUCAGUGACCUGACGCUUGAACAAGAUGGAAGAGCCAGUGAGUUCGUCAUUGGGACUGGCUGGGAAGAAGCAGUCCAAGGCUGGGGGAAGAUUUCUCCAACUGCUUGCAUCUGGCCACGAAAGAAGCUAAAAAAGGCGAGGGUAGGAGAAAGUGCCAACAGCAGCUGUUUACUCUGUCUCAACCUCCCCCAAGGAAGCCUCGAGGCCAGGCCUCCCGCGGGACCCGGGAAAUUGGAGGCAGGGGCUGUAGCUGAGGUAGGCUCGGAGAAGGAUCAGAGCAGCCCCUCCCAGAGUCAGGGGCCUCCCCAGGGCCCCACCACUGCUUCCAGGGAGAUUAGCAAAAUCUACUUUCCCACCUACAUUCAUGGAGAAAAAAAAAGCCUGCAAAUCAAAGAGUUUAUUUGGUGCAUGGAAGACUGGGCCGUCCCCAAGACUGUUAGGGGCAAGGCACCCAGGAGUCCCGGCGGAGGCGCCGACAGAGGGCUCUCCAUCUCAGACUCCCUGACUUCCAAGGCCCUCUUGGUUCUGCCUCCCCUGAAAGCUUCACCCCCAAACGGCUUGGAUAAGAGUAAGAACUUUUUGUUGCAGUUGGGAGAGAAGGUGCCGAGUGUGGAGAAGGAUGAGUGUGUGGUUCGUGCAUAUGGGUUGAAAACCAUUGGUGGGGAAGGUGAAGAGACCCAUAAGCUGGCCAGGCACCUGAAGGUCAAUGACGUGCGGCCUUUUCUGUCUCCAGGGGCCCAGACGUCCCUGCUGUCCGAUCCCGAGCCAUGCUCCCUGCCUGAAAACAAGCAGAUGUGCCUGCCCAGCCCCAGCACCGCUCACUAUCUCACCACCUUGAAGCUUUUGCAGAGGCAGGGGAUGCAACACUACAAAGCUAAGUUCAAAGCCAAGAUGCAGAAACCUCCCGUGAAUACGCAAAAGCAUGGGGUCACGGGGGCCCAGGAGGACGACAGGCCCCAGACGCUGGACAGCAGAGUUUUGCCCGGAGCUCUCCUGCCGUCCCUCACACACUGGAAAAAGAAGAAGAUAAAGUAGGACAGGGAUCAAUUUCAAAUUCAGUCCUAAGCAGCUGCUUGUUUGGGACGCAAUCAUAAAACCAAAUAUUUCACCCAGGACCUGGACAGAGCGUGGAUCACCAUGAGCACUCGGGCGACACAGCGAGAAGAUGCAGAGCUGGCAGCAGGGUCUCACGCAGACAUCCGGGUGAACAGCUCUCUCCUUUAGCCCAAAAGCAAAAAAGAGUUGGUUUGUGUAGAGGUGAUAUAUGUACUUCUGAGAGUAACAGAGUUGCUAUGGAGAUAUUUUUUUCAGCAAGUUUUUCCAUUUUCAGAAAUAUUUGUUUCACUGAUAAACUAAAAAGUUAUCACUUUUAAA